UUAAUAAAAACUUAAUCGGCAAAUAACUUUUUUUCUUCAGUCGCUGAAGAGAAAAGAUGCGAUGCGGUCUAAGAGAAACAGACAGGCCAUGGCUUUCACAGACAAAGAACACGAGAAGAUUAACAUUCUGGUCGACAAAGUUGAAUCCAAACAGGAAGACAGAAUCCGCGAAGUUAAGAAGAUGGUCACUGAAGUGACAGGAAUCAUGAAAGAUAACAUUGAGAAAGUUGUUGAAAGAGAAGGAAAGCUGAAUACCUUAGAAGUCAGGACAUCGGAGCUUGAGUUAUCAUCACAGAGCUUUAAGGUAACUUCGACCCAGGUAGUGAAAAAAUAUCGUUCCCGUCAUCGGAAGCUCGUGUGUAUCAUCGUCUUGACUAUAUUUUGUAUAUUCCUGUUGGGAGGUAUUAUCGUCUUUAUGUACUUUGGUGGCGUAUUCUCACAGACAACACCAGCACCACCAGCAACCUCUCCUGUACCCAAUAGAAACAUUUUGUACAAAAACGAUGGUCUAUCAACAUCACUUUCAAAUUGAUAAAAUUUAAGAUCUCUCUCAGAGUUCAAAGCUGCAUGCAAAUGAAUGUUUAUAUGUCUUAAAAACUAACUUGAUUCAGUUUACAAAGGAACGGUUUCGGACUAAAGUCAUGAGCUACUGAUCUAAACCACAGAACGAAUUUAUGCAUAUACCUAACAAAACUAAAUAUUCAAUUCACGAGUAUUUGUACCUUUAUUUGACUCUCGGUUGUAUUGCUGAAGCUUCUGUACAUGCAUCUGUCUUUCAAUAAAUAAAAAAAAUUGCAAUAGA